GUUAAAAAGCAGGGAUCCACAGCGCGCCCGCCUGGCGACGACGUCACGCAUUGUCACGCUUCGUCGCACUGCCUCCUGCCACUUGGCCGCUUCACACACUCAAUUCUGCAACCGCGCAGAUAAAAUACACAAAAAUAUCGACGGCGCGCAAUCAUGGCCGGCUUCAACGAAUCUGCCGUCGUCCAAGUCAUUGCAGUGCCUGCUGUUUGCACAUUAAUCACAUUCCUAGGCUACUUCCCCCAGAUCCUCUUCCGCAACGAAACUCUGCAGCCCGGCCCGCCGUCAACAUCAGAAACAUAUAUAUUCAAUACUCUGCUGGCCCUGCUAUGGUAUACGUACUACAAGGCUGUCACGACAGAUCCUGGAAGAUAUGUCUUUGACGAGAAGAUUAUCGAGGUCGAGGGUCGCUGGUGCAACAAGUGCGAUGCCCCCAAGCCUCCCCGAGCGCAUCACUGCCGCCAUUGCAAGCGAUGCGUACCGAAAAUGGACCACCACUGUCCGUGGACUAAGAAUUGUGUGUCCAUGACGACUUUCCCCCACUUCUACCGCUUUCUCUGCUACGCCAACUUUGCGCUCUGGUAUCUUUGCUAUCUCGUCUUCCAGCGCUUCUAUGCCCUCUGGGAGGAGCGCCACAUGCCCGCAUAUCUCGGGCCAUCAAUCCCUGUAUUGGCAUCGCUAGCAAUUAGUGGACUUGUGUGUUUCUUUACUAGCCUGCUGCUCGGCAUCAUGCUGGUGACUACCACCAAGAACUGGGUAUUCAACCAAACCACCAUUGAAGGCUGGGAGGCGGACCGCCACGAGGCCAUUGCCGAGCGUGGCGGAAAGGAUUGGUGGGACGUGACUGGGCCUGACGGCAAAAAGUUUCGCUUUGAAAAAGUCGAGUUCCCAUACGAUAUUGGCUUCUUCGAAAACAUGUCGCAGGCCAUGGGCACCAGCUUCUUCCCCAUGUGGCUGUUCCCGUUUGCGGGCAAUCCGAAGAUAGGAACCUCCAAAUCUGGCAAGCGAACAGGAUGGGAGUGGGAAGAGAAUGGGUUCAAUCGAACAGAGGGCAUGUGGCCGCCACCUGACCCUGAAAAGAUUCGUCGCGCUGCCCGGACAUGGCCUGCUGGUCGUCGGGACUUUGAUGCGGAACUGCGUGCUCUUGAUGAUGAUGAUGAGCAGUUCAAGGAAGCUUUUCGAAAGAGACAGGCUGCAGAUAUUGAGCGCCGCAAGAACAUGAUGGUUGCAGAGCUAGAAGAGGACGAUGAAUAUGGUAUGCCGAGCGAUGUCGAUGAGAACGGGGAUUGGGUAAAUGAAGAUGGCGAGAAGUUGGUCGAUUUUGGCGUUGAUGUAGAUGACGGUAUGCCUGGUGAUGAUCGCGUAGAGGGGAUUACGACAGCUCAUGAUGAGGAUGUACCAUUGGCAGAAUUGAUUAGACGAAGGAAGGCGGCAGCAAGGCCAUGAGGAAGAGGAGUCGGUGUUUAGCAUUGCAUAAUAGAGGCGUUGUGAUACGGUGAGCAUUUACGGGUGGGUGUACGAGUACGGAAUGUGUAUUCUUCAAAAUGAACGAGUCAAAGUUCAACAUUAAUAGAGAGACGACAAUC